ACUGGGGAGCUCUGUGAGACUGCAGUUGGUAUGAGCUGCUGAGCUGAGACCUUGCAUUCCUCACACCUCCUAAGGCUUAUUUCACCCUUUUUUCUCCCCUCCCUCCUCCUCGUUUAAAUAUUUCAGAUAUAUAAUUUAUUUUCCACAAGCAGACUUGGAGGAGCUGCAAUUUCCUGGAGAUUGGAAGUGCUCGGCUAGACCUGCACUGAGCCUCAAAAGUCCCUGCAAGAAAUCCCACAAACAUCUUCAUCUUCACUUCUGCUGGCAGUAGAGGAGGAGGAGGCAUGAAUCCCCUUCUGCCUUGGAUCCUUCUCCUUGGAUGUGUACUGCUCCUGACAAAGGCAGCCGAAGGCUUUAUCUUGCCCAACUCAAGUCACCUGGAGAGCAUUCUGAGCAAAUACCAGGAUGGGGAAAUUCACUCCAGAUCCAAGCGAGCCAUUUUAUUCUCGGACAGACAGGAGAUAUUGAUGCUCCACAAUAAGCUGAGAGGUCAGGUGUACCCAGUGGCCUCGAAUAUGGAAUACAUGACCUGGGAUGAUGAGCUGGAAAGAUCAGCCCACGCCUGGGCUCAGCAGUGCAUCUGGGACCAUGGCCCUAGUGCCCUCAUCAGGUCAAUCGGACAGAACUUGGCGGUUCACUGGGGCAGGUAUCGGUCUCCAGCUUUUCACGUCCAAUCCUGGUACGAUGAAGUGAAGGAUUACACAUACCCAUACCCUCAUGAGUGCAACCCCUGGUGCCCAGAGAAGUGCACAGGUGCCAUGUGCACACACUACACCCAGAUAGUUUGGGCCACGACAAACAAGAUUGGCUGUGCUGUGAACGUCUGCAAGCAGAUGAAUGUCUGGGGGGAAAUCUGGGAGAAUGCCGUCUACCUGGUCUGCAACUACUCACCCAAGGGCAACUGGAUUGGAGAAGCCCCAUACAAGACAGGUCGUCCCUGCUCUGAGUGCCCACCAAGCUAUGGAGGAGGCUGCCAGAACAACCUCUGCUACAAAGAUCACCACUAUGAAGAUCCCAUCAUAGCUGAGACAGACGAGACCAACGAAGUGGAGAUUUCACAGCCUGCCGAGCAAAUGCCGGUGCGGUUCUACCCUCCAGAACCCAGGAGCAACAAACCUGUCAAGCCCAAGAAGACCAUCCCAGAGUCCUACAUGACACAAGUCAUUACCUGUGAAACCAAGAUGAGAGACAAAUGCAGAGGCUCAACAUGCAACAGGUAUUUGUGCCCAGCUGGCUGCUUGUACAGUAAAGGAAAGAUCUUUGGAACCUUUUAUUAUGAGAGUUCAUCAAGCAUAUGUCGUGCUGCAAUUCACUAUGGCAUCCUGGACAAUAAAGGAGGCCUGGUGGAUAUCACAAGGAAGGGAAGGAUACCAGCCUUUGUGAAGUCUACCAGGAAUGGAGUGGAGUCUUUUAGAAAGAGUAAACCUUCAAAUGCAUUCAUGGUUUCCAAAGUCACAACACAGACGCUGGAUUGUUACACUACAGUAGCGGAUCUGUGCCAGUUCAAAAAGCCAAGCACCCAUUGCCCAAGGAUUUAUUGUCCAGCCCACUGCAAAGAUGAACCAUCCUACUGGGCACCAGUGUUUGGCACAAACGUUUAUGCAGAUAGCUCCAGCAUCUGCAAAGCUGCAGUGCACGCAGGAGUCAUUCCAGAUGAAAGUGGUGGCUUCGUGGAUGUGAUGCCUGUAGAGAAGAAGAAAAGUUAUGCUGGAUCCUUAAAGAAUGGAGUGCAGUCUGAGAGCUUGAGGAACCCUUCAGAUGGAAAUGCCUUCCGAAUUUUUGCUGUGAAGCAGUAAAUCCCCAGGGAAGGUGCAGGUUUCUUUGGGAGAGCGCUCUGUCGAUCUUCAGAGACAAGAAGGCUCCUCUGACAACAUCAGCUCUGACCGUACCCUCCUUGCAGAUCUCUUUCAGGGAAUGAAAAAAAAAAAAAAAAGAAUAAGGGGAAAAAAAAAAGUCAAAAAAAAGCAAAAAAAAAAAAACCCAACCAAAAAAAAAACCCAGAUAGAAAGGCACCAAGUUCUGACUCAGCUGUUUGCAUCUCAUGGCACCCAUUCAGCAUUGUAUCUUCGUUUCGUGUUUUUGUUUCUCUAGGGGCAUUCAGCAAGGACAAGCUCUUCUAACUUCCAAUAUAUGAGAGAUGUGCUACACAGAAUGGUGGUGCCUCAGUGUACAGGAGAUGUAGGGAUCUCAGCCUGGCCCUGAAUGGCGUUUUUAGGGUGUCAGGGAUCUACUGCAAUGGACAUGAGGAUGUGCAGGCUCAGAUGUGAGCGACCGUCCAGGCGCUGGACACUUUGACAUGAGAAACUGUUUUAAAAGUUGCAUCUUCUGGGGAGAGACUGGGCUUUGAUAGAGUGUUUUUGAGUAUGUUUGAUGUUUUCUGUGAAAAAGAGGAGAAAAUUUGGUCUUUUCCCAUCGAGGUGGCAUGCAUCAGCACUGCUGUGUAAGGCUGCUGGGCCAGCAGGCUAAGCUAUGUUGUCCGAUGGUGUCACGUUUGGGAAGAGGAGGUUCUUGCUGGCUGGACGUCAAGUUUUUUGAGGAGGGGGGGACUGGGGGAGUGUGUGAAAUGGUGGCAGAGAUCCUCACUGCAGGAAACAAGGCCACCAGAUAAUCAAAAGAGCAGGUUUGGUGUUUGCUGGUCAAACAUUGACAGGUAUUUGGCAAGCUGCGCCAGGUGGGUGAAUGGGGGCACAUCUCAUCCUAUACUACAUGCCAUUUCAAGUAAGAUUUCAGUUAAAUGCAGUGUAUUGUUUUAUACAGCAGUGCUGGUCGUUUUAUCUGUAGUAGUUGAGUAGUGAUAAAGUUAAUCUUAUUUCUGCUAGGAAUGGUUGCAUCCCCAGCAAGUCUGUUUGCUUCACCUUUGUGAAGCUCCUUGUGGCAUGUGCAGUUCUGAGACUUUAAAGAUACAGCAGAAAUUGCUGUAGAUGUAUUUUUCCUGUUCAGUAUGUGAAGCCUUCAGCUUCCCACUUUCAGUGUAAAUGCUGUACCCAUGAACAUUUGAUUUCUGGCAUGAUAUGUUUUGCCAAACCCCUAGGUGUAAUGAUGUUAUCUUCUACUACUUUGUUAUUUAGAUCUCAGCAUGCACCCAAAUGCAUUUCAAAGCCAAAGGAAGAGCAAAGCAAGACCUGCUCUUUUAAGGCAGAAGAGUAUUCUCUGCUCUAUGUUGGAAAUGAUUUUUUAGUGUUGGUCUAAACCCAGAUCUGGUUGUCUUCUGGUGCACACACCCCCAGUAGCUUCAUUAGUCAUAAGAAGGCAAUGUGAAUUUCAGUUCUUCAGCUCUUGCAGAGGUAUGCUUGCCCUGCUCAUUAAUUUGAUCAUGAAAUUACACAACAAAUGGGAGAGUAUUUCCCUCUGUUUAGUAGAUGCCUCAUAGCUCUCACUCAGACUGUGUUUGGUUUCAUCUAGACAGACAUAUUCAAGACCAAAGCUAUUUAUACGGUUAAGCACUUCUGUAACUGUAUAAGCUCUACAAACUCUCGCUCAGUUUGUCUCACCAUUGGGGUUUCUUUCCCUGUGAAAUCUGGCUUUUUGUAAAAUAUGGAAUUGGGGUUGGUUUACAUCACCUCCAGAAGUGCUGCACAGAAACCUGCCUUUGAGGUAGGUAGAGAGAGAUGACUCUGCGUGUCGCCUUUGUUUGCAUCUUCCGAGGUGUACAGUAUUUGCUUUAGACAGGAAAACUGAGCUUGGUUGGUUUUGUGAGUUUCUUUUGUUCUUACUAAGUAAAUUGAUGUUUAAAAAACAGCUGGAACAUGUCUUAGAAAAGCUGCUUAGAAAUGCUAGGAGCAUUUGAGAUCUUGGCAGUGAGAUGAGGCUUCUGUUUCUGCCCACCGUGAAUAACGAUGCUAUAGGUGGCCUGGUUCCAGCCCGUUAAAUAGUGCAGCUUGAAUCUAGGACCAUCAUGGGCCAAAUCAUAGAAUCAUCUGGGCUGGAAGGGACCUUUACAGGCCACCUAGUCCAACCCUCUCUGCAGUGAACAGGGACAUCCUCAACUAGAUCAGGCUGCCUAGAGCCUCGUCAAGCUUUACCUUGAAUAUCUCCAGGGUUGAGACCUCAACCACCUCUCUGGGUAACCUGUUUCAGUGCUCAACCACCUUCAUUGUAAAUAACUUGUUCCUAAAUGGUAGCCAGAGAGCUAUUUAUUGAAUUGGAAGGCAAUGCACUCGAGUGCCAUUGGAAUGGGCUGCCCAGGGAGGUGGUGGAGUCACCGUCCCUGGAGGUGUUCAAGAAAAGCCUGGAUGAGGCACUUGGUGCCAUGAUCUAGUUGACUGGCUAGGGCUGGGUGCUAGGUUGGACUGGAUGAUCUUGGAGGUCUCUUCCAACCUGGUUGAUUCUGUGAUUCUAUGGGGACUGCAGGAGCACACAAAGUGCCUCGCUGUGCUAGCAUAGGCUCCCACCCCUAAACACACUGUCCAUGACUAUUAGGUGUGCUGUCAAACCAUGGGAAGAAAUGUGAGGGCUCUUGGAGAGAAGCCCAGGGGAUGAUUGUGAGCACAUAAAACCCCAAAUGUCUUGGAAUGCAUCUACCUAACGAGAAGCAGGGCGAGGGAAGAAUCAUGAUUCCAACAGAAAGAGCCUAAAAUACUUAAUUCCAGGUACAAUCACAUGUUUUUAUCUUCAGCCAACUGGUUUGGAUUUCUUUUUUUUUUUUAGGAACUGAUGUUAAUUUAAGUCUGUUUAUUUUUGUAUUUGUUGUACAAAAGAGACAUUGUGACUUUACUACACAAAUAUUAUUCGAGGUCCUGGGUGCUAUUAAGUUAAACAUACCUCCACCAGAAUUAGGGGCGAUCAGGUCCUCCAAGGCAGUCAUGAUAUAUCAAUUACUUGCAAUCCUGUGUGUUAGCUAUUCAUACAUAGGUGGGACAGUACCAGGGUGGGGUUUUUUUUUAGUCAAAUAUUUACUGAUUGAUUUUUUUUUUCUUUUUUGGGUUUAAUUUCUGAUACCAAAACAUUUCUCAGCCUAAUGUAUUUCAGUGCAGCUUAAAGAUGCAGCGUGCCUUUAUACCCACCAGACCUGUUCCUCCUUACACCCCGCACAGCUCAGCAGAUAAGUAAGCAACUGUCAACUUAACCCCCCUGGAAAAGCUGAGGCUGCCUUCUUGUUCUUUUCAGCUACAUUUGAUUUUAAAACUAAGAUGCCAGUGCAGGCACUGCCACUGCCAUCUGGCUCAGCACAGCCCAGGGCAAAAGCUGAAGCGUGGCCCUUCCCCAGCUGCCGCUGUGCUGUUGACUCCAUUGGCUUCGUUAAUGUCUUUGUUUUAAGCCAACAGCUGAUUGAAGAGUCUCCAGUUGGUUGGUUGUGCAAGCUAAAUAUUUAGGGCCAGUUCAUACAGUUGCUUGGUUUUCUUCUUCCCCCUCCCCUCCUUUUUUUUUUUUUUCUAUGAAAAAUGAUGUAUUUUACUUCCUAUGUGUAAAACUUGCUUGUAAAUUUUGGUGAGCCUUUGCAUGUUUUUUUUUUUUCAAGGGGCAGUGUGUCUGUUUAUAAACAAAUAGGGUUUUUUUUUCCUAAUUAUAAAAUUGUAAAAUAUCUCUCCUCCUCCUCCCCCUUCCCUCUCUCCUUGAUUGUCUCUGAUUUUUGAAUUAUUUGUGAAAUAAAACCUUCCCAGAA